AUGAUGGCGGUGGCGUCGUCCGGCGGAGGAGGGCAACAACACCAGCAGGGGAGCCUGUCGUCGUCGUCCUCCUCCUUGUGGGAUGGAGUAAUUGAGUUGACCAAGUCAGCGCAGGAGAGGAACGCCGACCCUUUAAUGUGGGCGAUGCAGAUUACUUCCGCUCUCAGUUCUGCCGGCUCGCGUAUGCCCUCGCCGGAGUUGGCUAACCUUCUCGUCAAUCACAUUUGUUGGUCUAACAACGUUCCCAUCGCCUGGAAGUUUCUCGAAGAGGCUUUGAUACUCCGGCUUGUUCCUCCUAUGCUCGUCAUAGCUCUUCUUUCUGUCAGGGUAGUACCAUGCAGGAAAAAGUACCCUGCUGGAUAUAGGUUGUACAUGGAACUAAUUAAAAGAUACGCAUUCUAUUUGCCUUGUCUUAUUCAGGGACCCAAUUAUCCAAAGAUUAUGGAGUCUAUUGAUAAUAUUCUUCAUCUUUCGCAAAUGUUUGGACUUCGGGCAGGUGAUCCUGGGAUUGUUGUUGUUGAAUUCAUCUUCUCGAUUGUGUGGGAGUUGCUCGAUGCAUCACUUGAAGAUGAAGGUUUAAUGGAAUUAACGCCAGAGAAAACGUCUAGAUGGGCAACUAGGAACCAAGAUAUGGACAUCGACAACUAUGAUAGUGGUGAGGGGAAGGUAACAGAGACUCAGGAAGUUAUGCAGAAACUAAAUACUGUAAUGGCCGUUGAAAUAAUUGGGGAGUUCUUGAGAAAUAAAGCGUGUUGUAGGAUCCUCUUUUUGGCACGCCGUAACUUGCCGACGCACUGGGAAUCCUUCAUGCAGCAUUUGAGAUUGCUGGCUGGCCAGUCAUUUGCUUUGAGAAAUUCGAAAAAUAUUUCUCCAGAAGCUCUCUUGGAAUUGACAUCCAGAGAUCGUAAAGUACUUUCAAGGGACCGCAAGACCAGCUCAGAGAAAAGGUUCCAUGCUGUAAUGGCCGCUGGAUCCAUGGCGCCUUGUGCUGGUCAGCGUCACAACAGUAGUCAUUCUUCACUAUGGAUUCCCAUUGACUUGUUUUUGGAAGAUGCCAUGGACGGAUCACGAGUGACGGCCACAAGUGCUGCAGAAACACUUACUGGUAUAGUGAAGGCUCUUCAGGCACUUAAUCGAACUAGUUGGCAGGACACAUUUCUUGGUUUGUGGAUUGCAGCUCUAAGGCUUGUACAAAGGGAGAUGGAUUCAAGUGAGGGUCCUGUGCCACGCAUUGACACAUGCUUGUGCAUGUUGCUGUCUAUUACACCACUUGCGAUUGUGAACAUCAUCGAGGAAGAAAAUUUUUGUGAAUCUGAUAAUUUGUUCUCCGGUCUAAGAAAAGAUAAACAGCCAAAUGGAAAACGGCGCCAGGAUUUAGUAGCAAGCUUGCAGCAAUUAAGUGAUUACGAAAGUUUGCUGACUCCACCUUCAUCUGCAAGUUCAUUGGCCAAUCAAGCAGCUGCCAAAGCAAUGAUGUUCCUUUCAGGUCUAUCAGUUGGCAGUGGAUAUUUUGAUGGCAUAAGUCUAAAUGAUAUGCCAAUGGGUUGCUCUGGAAACUUGCAGCAUUUAAUUGUUGAGGCUUGCAUUGCUAGAGAUAUUUUGGACACUUCAGCAUAUUUAUGGCCUGGCUAUGUGAAAGGCCGAACCAACCAAGUGCCUCGUAACAUAUCAGGCCAAAUGCCCGGGUGGUCAUCCUUAAUUAAAGGAUCCCCACUAACUCCUGCAAUGGUCAGUGCAUUGGUUUCAAUUCCAGCUUCAAGCUUAGCAGAAAUAGAGAAAAUAUAUGAGAUAGCAACCAAUGGAUCAGAUGAAGAGAAGAUUUCUGCUGCAACAGUUCUAUGUGGGGCUUCUCUUAAUCGUGGUUGGAAUAUUCAGGAACAUUCAGUUCUUUUCAUCACAAGAUUGCUUUCACCUCCUGUUCCUGCAGACUAUUCAGGGACCGAGUCUCAUUUGAUUGGAUUAGCCCCAUUUUUUAAUGUUCUUCUUCUGGGAAUAUCACCAAUUGAUGCUGUUCAGAUUUUUUCUUUACAUGGUUUGGUCCCACAGCUUGCUGGUGCUUUGAUGCCGAUUUGUGAGGCCUUUGGUUCCUGUGCUCCCAAUGUUACUUGGACUGUGACAACAGGGGAAGAAAUUUCUACCCACACUGUAUUUUCAAAUGCAUUCACCGUUCUGUUGAAGUUGUGGAAAUUCGAUCAACCACCGCUUGAAAAUGUAUUUGGUGAUGUGGCACCCGUGGGCUCUCAUCUAACCCCAGAAUACCUCUUACUACUACGGAAUCUUCAAUUGGCAACAUCUGAGGAUUCACCAAGAGAGCAUUCCAGAAACAAAAGACUUUCAAGAGUUGCUAGUCCAUCUGCUAGAGAACCCAUAGUUAUGGAGGGAUUUCCAAAAUUAAAACAGUGGUAUCGACAGCAUCAAGCAUGCAUUGCGUCACCCCUGACUGGUCUUGUUCCUGGAACCCCCGUUCAUCAGAUUGUUGAUAGUCUCUUAGCCAUGAUGUAUAGGAGAAUAAACAAAGGUGUUCAACCUAUGACUCCGACGACAUCUGGAAGCAGUAAUUCAUCUGGAACUGGAGUUGAUGAUUUUCUUUUACGGCUUAAAAUACCUGCUUGGGAUAUCUUGGAAGCUGUUCCUUUUGUGCUUGAUGCUUCCCUUACAGCUUGUGGGCAUGGCAUUCUAUCACCACGUGAACUGGCUACAGGGCUGAAAGAUCUUGCUGAUUUUCUUCCUGCAUCACUGGGUGCGAUAGUAAGUUAUUUUUCAGCUGAAGUGACACGAGGUGUAUGGAAGCCUGCUUUUAUGAAUGGUUCUGAUUGGCCAAGUCCAGCUGUAAAUUUAGCUAAUGUUGAACAACAGAUAAAGAAGAUCUUAGCUGCCACUGGUGUCGAUGUCCCCAGUCUACCUGUAGGUGGGACGUCUCCUGCUACUCUGCCGCUUCCCCUUGCUGCCUUUGUAAGCCUCACAAUUACCUAUAAACUUGAGCGAAGUACUGACCGUUACUUGAACUUGAUUGGCCCUUGUUUAAGUAACCUUGCAACUGGUUGUCCCUGGCCAUGCAUGGCCAUUGUAGCGUCUCUAUGGGCCCAGAAAGUAAAGAGGUGGAGCGACUUUCUUGUUUUCUCUGCAUCACGGACUGUCUUCCAUCACGAUACUGAUGCCUUGAUCCGACUCCUCAGAGUAUGCUUCUCUGCCACAUUGGGACUAAAUUCCUCCUCUAUAUCAAGCAAUGGUGGUGUGGGAGCCCUACUGGGUCAUGGGUUCGGCUCUCAUUUUUAUGGUGGUAUAGGUGCAGUUGCUCCUGGGAUACUCUACUUACGAGUGCAUCGAGCUGUUAGAAACAUCAUGUUUAUGACCGAGGAAAUUGUUUCGCUCUUGAUGCAAUCUGUGAAGGAUAUUGUAAGUAGUGGGUUACCUUCAGAAAGGAUGGAGAAGCUAAAGAAAACCAAAUAUGGGACGAAAUACGGUCAGGUUUCUCUUGCUGCAUCUAUGACGCGUGUCAAGCUUGCAGCGUCAUUAGGGGCAACGAUAAUUUGGAUUACUGGUGGACCAAUUUCAGUCCAAUCCUUGAUCAAGGAAACAUUACCGUCAUGGUUCAUAUCAGGCCAAGCAUCACAAGCAAAUGGAGUAGAAUCAGGAGGGAUGGUUGCAAUGCUGGGGGGCUAUGCCCUUGCAUAUUUUGCCGUGCUUUGUGGAACUUUUGCAUGGGGCAUAGAUUCAACAUCUACAGUGUCUAAGCAACGACCGAAAAUCCUCACAGCACAUUUGGAAUUCCUGGCUAGUGCAGUUGAUGGCAAGAUAUCCCUCGGGUGUAACAAGGCAACCUGGAAAGCUUACGUGACUGGGUUUGUGAGUUUGAUGGUGGGUAGUACGCCAAACUGGAUGCGGGAGGUUGAUAUAGAAGUUCUAAAGAGUUUGAGCAAGGCAUUGAAGCAAUGGAAUGAAGAAGAGUUGGGUCUGGCGUUGUUGGGAAUUAGUGGUGUUGGUGCAAUGGGUGCGGCUGCAGAAAUGAUCAUAGAAACAGGGUAUUAA